AUGGCGUCUUCAAGUCCUGCGACUCCAAUUUCUCGCCGUUCGAUCAGCCUGCCAUCCCCUCAGUCGGCUUCCGGACCAGAUCCGCAGAUCGAGGUCCUAUACCAUCAUCCCUCAGCGCGGAUCAUUUCGUUCACGACGUCGAAUCCGACAUCACAAUCAAGCCCAAUUACCAGUAGCCCUGGAGGAGAAGAGGAACCGGGGAGCUUGUCCUGGGUAUCUAGAUUCGAAAGGACUAUCGCAGUUGGUCCUUUACGCAUAUAUCGCGCCCCAGGCUCUGUAGCAUUUUUGAACUGUUCGAGAGCUCUCCAGCCCAUACUACAAAAAUCACAAUGUUGGGAAGUGGAUGGAUCGGGUAAAUUCGUCUUACAGAUAAGGCGGCCUCAAUACUGGCGCAUCGAAGUACCCAGCAAGAGCGAUGACGAUAAGGUUCGGGUUGAGGAGCUCAAAGAAGUACUCGCAAAAGUGCUAUUAUUCGAGAAGACUCCGUGUCCAUUCCAAAGGAAUUUUACAGUGGAACUGCCCGACCCUCCACAAACACCCGUUAGGAAGAGGCCAUGGAAACCGGUGGAGAGACCAAGGCUCGAUAUAACACCUACACCAAAGCACGCGGAUGAAGAGAAUAGCUAUUCUGCCGGCAAAGGAUCUUCCAAGACGCAGUCCUUAUCGACCAUUAGUGAACUUGUAUCCACUCCUACAACCCCCUCUCGGGACCCAGCCUCUUCGACCACGACCACGCACACACCGGGCACGCCCUCAAUUGCUGAUCUAUACCCUCCGAAUAACGGGAAUAGACCUGAAUUGUCCUCAAGUCCCGACAGCAAACAGAAGGAGGAUGAGACAGUAUUGCCAGAUCCUUUUACAAAUACAAUCUCAGACAAGAACACUCCAGCUGGCAUUUUGGCGCCAUCAUUAUUGGAGUCUUCAGUGAACAGUUCAAGAUUCGGCAGUUCAAGUGGACUUGAAGAAGACAGUGAUAACUUCAGUGAUACUACUGAUGAUACAAAUGUCACAGUCAAAGUCCAGUCCCAGCCAGCCCUCCGGCCAACGACAUCUGAACCCAACAACGACGAUCGUCCCCAGGCAGUACAAAACCGCAACCGAUUGAUAACAGACACCCCUGUUCUCUCAAUUGUUACCAGUUCACCAUCCAAGUCUAGAACAAAUUCCCCCUUGCGAAACUCCACUGUAGUUGAAUCAAACCCGAACUUUUCUUCCAGCGUUGAGUCAUUCCACUCAGUGCAAUCCUGGCAUUCUCCUCUAGCUCCCCCUUCACCUCCAACCUCCCACCCCUCCUCUCCAACUACUACUACCAGUUACCCCUAUCCGCAUGAUAAUAUUGUUCUGCCGAAACGACCACAUCACACACGCGAUACGUCAGAACUUACAACCGCGUCUCAUACACCCGGUGCCUGGGAGACGACGUCAAUAGAUUCGGGAUCUGUUCCAAGGAGUUUGUCACCACCGCCCAAAACCCCUACAUUGGUGAACGAUACCAACGAAAAAUCGGAUGAUGAGCAAUUUGAAGUUAUUACCCCUCCAACUGCAAGGUCGGGUCUCCGUCAUCGAGCUACGACAAGUAGCAAUUCACGUCGCCGGACCCUAUCGCCUCUUCCUGCAGCUGUGAAUCUCUUCUCACCUCCGAAACACCGUCUAAAGCGGCUUCAGACCACUAGGCACCUUCCCACUGCAAUCAUCCAGAAGACCUGCGAGAUCCUCUUGAGCCCUCCAAGCCACCUACUUCAGCUGAUGCUUAAUAUUGCCUCUAAGAUUGCAGCGGGUGAGUGGAAGGGCGUGCUUUCUGGGAAUGGAGAAGAUGUUCAUUGGGAUUUCGAGGAUGAAUACGUUGGGGAGGGAUGGACCGAGGACGAUUAUGGAAUGAGUCUGCCCAACACAGAAGCUAGGCCUAAGAAAGCCAACACAAAGACUGAGGGAGGCUUUUGGGAGGUUGAUUAG